AUGAAAUUCGCUACCGAAGAUCUCAGCAUCCAACCAGGCGGUCUGCCGACACCCAAGUGUGGGUAUGAUACAGCCCAGAAGCCCUGCGCUACAUUCCUACCCACACCGGUCUCAGAGAAGAGUAGCCGCGGUGUGCUAUCCGUACUAGACCCUAACAAGAUCUCCUGGGUGUCACCAGCAUUGACAGUAUCGACUACGUCGUCUCCAGCAGGGUUCAACGACAUGUGGGAUGUACCCGAGACGCCCACCAAGCGGACGACCAGCGCUUCUCCACGAAGUAUCCUGGCGCCUUUCACACCUGCAACACCCCCUGAUUCUUCUAAAAAGCUGCUUUUCACCCCAAUUCCCAAGCCUUUUUUCGGCGUUGCAGUGACUCCAGCGAUUCCGCAGCCCUUCUUCCAGGAAAAACAGACAGCGGCACAGGAUGACCCUUUUCAACCGAAGUUGUUCCGAGGCGUCACCUUGGUGCUUGAAGAGAUCUCCAAGGCAAGCGUCGCAGCUGCUACCGUCAAAUACAACAGUAACCCCACGUUCGUGUUCACGCAGAAUACCAGUAUCAGUACACGAACACGUUCCAAAACAGCCUCCACCACACCAACCGCUUCAGCUAUACAUACCGCUAUUCGUGAAGAGACAACCAUCGUUACAUCUCCCCAAGGUCGCAUCCAUCCGCCUUUGGACAGCAAGUUCUCGAAGCUACUAGAACAACUCGUCCCACACGACCUUCACGCAAGACUGGCCAGCGCUCCGGGCUACUGCCCCGCGUCCCUCGUAACAAGCCUAUCUACACGAUGCAGUUCCAUGGCAAAGCCUAGGGGGUCGGUUAUCGACGCUAUUAGCGCAGUGAAGAAUAUCUCGAAGUGUAACAGACAAGAGGACUACUGCGGUAUGCUUCGCAAUAUCGAGGCGAUCUUGCAGUCAGUCAUGUGCAUCAGGCAUCAACAUGCGGCGUUGAGACAACUCAAGGCUGGAUCCAGGCUAUCGCAACUGCGAAGCAAGCUUGAAGGCACGACACGCAUGACGGCACUGGACCAUUCCACUCUUAAGCAAUGGGUCAGCACGAUCAGUGACCUAGACGCUUCCAACGAUCAAGCUGCUCGAACUAACAUCAUUGCGACAAAAUCUAAGCCACUCACACAGCCCAAGCGAGAAUUGAAGCCCAUGUCCAAGUUGCCAACGGUUGAGACAAUCGCUCGCUUCUCCCCCUCCUCAGGCUUCAGAACUUAUGAACCAAAGAAGACCAGGGGGCUCUCCGUUUUUUCGGCUCUUUACGAGAAGGCCGCCUCUCCAUUGGGUACCAAAGAUCUGACUCCGGGUUACGUUUACCUCUUCUGGGAAGGCCUUCUUUGGCAUGGUGAAGAUCGGGCACACCAAGAAUUUAGCCAAGCGACUCAAGAUGUGGAGAGUCAGGUGGUGAUGCCGCAUGUUCACCGCGUCGAGCAGCUCAUACACACUGAGCUGAAGGGGUGUAGACUGCGAAGGCAAUGUGAAGGCUGCGGUAAGCUGCACAAAGAAUGGUUUGAAGCCAGUCAAGCGCAUGUAGUCAAGGUUAUGAAGAAGUGGCGGGAGUGGAUUCUGCAGGAGCCUUAUGUGCAGGACGAAGAGUCGGGGGAGUGGGUCCUCAAGCCUGAGAUGUUUGCUUCUCUCGAGCGGAUGUGUGAGCCUCUACCCCAGGAUGCGGCUACCUACACGCCCAGGAGGAAGAGUGCAGGCAUGCAACGCGGCUCACAGAAGAGGAAGAGCCCACGGCGAACAAUUAUCUUCGAAGCAGCGAAGCUCGUCCGAGCUCGCCACGCGCCCGCGACCGCCGCCUCGCAAGGCGAAGCCUCCGAUCGAACCGACACCGGAAAAGUCACCAAGACCAUCGUGCGGAACCGCGGCCGUGUCGCCGGCAACUACGAGAAGACAAGAAGCAGCUACGGCAGUUUCCAGCCGAACAGCAUCUACUGGGCAAGCGAAGCCGAUUGGCUGAAGCCAUUCCUUGGUACCUCGCCGCCGCUCAAGGGCACGAUGAUGCUGAGCUUGUUCUUGAAGCCUGCCGCCAAGAUCGUCUACAUCUUGAAGCACGAGCUCACUGAUGAUGACGCCAUCGCUCUGCUCGCUGGUUGCGGUAUCAGCGAUAAGUCGUCCGAUGAGUUUGCUCGCGCUAGGAAGCGGUUGAGAGACUAUCAGUCGGAGUUCCAGGGCGAGGUCAUGAACGACUUCAUCUAUCCCAGGGUAGCCAUGGUCAUUUGCGAGUGGAAGGAGCAGGCUGCGAAUGCUGACAAGGCUGUCGAAGACCUCACUCCGGCUCAACUCGAAGCUCUUUGGCAGGGCGACUUCGACAAGGACCCGGAACGUAUGGCGGCCGCGAUGUGGGGAGACGUCGGCAAGUCGAUCCUUUGGGACAAGCUCUACAAUCUCGGAUUCGGUACCGCAGAAGUCAAGAUCAAGUUACAGGCUGCGAGAGACAUGUUCCGUGACAAGUACGUGUUCGCUUGCGAGCAGACGCUCAAGAUGCGUUACUGCAAUCCUUCUACGCUCGAAGACGACGACGAGGCGCUUUCCUGGAUGACUCCGGCUCAACGUUGCUAUGCCAAAUGGCGCGGCUUCCGCCACGACGAGCGCUUCACCGAUACCAUCGUGGGCUAUGCGAGCCUUCCGGUACACGGUGGACCCCCGAAUGAUCGGAGGAAGCAGUCAAGUGCUAUUGCAGUCCCGAAAAUGAAUGAGCACGACGCAGAGUUCAUGGCCGCACUCUUAAACAGCGAUUAUGAAGGGGAAGGCGAGGAGGACGACGAGGAAGUUGACAUUUUUGCCGAUUGA